GUUGUUCAGUGUUGCGCCAACAGCCGCGCGGUGAGUUUGUUGGUAGGUUGUUGUUGCUCCCUGCUGAUGCGCCAAUAUUGUUGCUAUUCUUUAUCUUUUUUUUUUUUAUUUAUUAGUUAAUCGGACGAGCGAUGAGAUCGAUACGGUUUGACCAAAAUUGUCAUUGUCGCGCGUGUCGACGAUCCGUACUGAACAAGACGAGACCACACGAGUUUUAGGGGUCGUUUUUCAUCGAUCAGUCUCGCUUCGACGCUGUUGCAAUUUUUUCGACUGUUCGAAUGUUGUGAGAAGACGUUAGUCGACAACGACAACGGCGACGACGACGACGACGACGACAGAGAGUGAGGAAAGUUUUAUGUAAUAAGUGUUGACCCAGAAAAAGUAGUGACCGGCACGACGGAGUGCCGGAGCGAUUAGAUAAAAACGUACGCAGAAAAGUUGGAAACACGGCUGUCGGAAUUCUGUAGGACAUCGAUAGUGGGGAAAAUGUAACGUUUCAUUGAUACGUUGUACGUAGACGCGGGUAUUGUGCGAUGUUCCCCGCUUGCAUGCCACGGAUAAAGCCAUAAGCGUACACACGAUAUAUAUAUGUAUAUAUGUAUAUAUAGUGGUAUUUCGCGCGCGCGUUUAUGCGAUACCAUGUGUUCUUAACUGUUUGAUGGGUUUCCUCGAGCGAGAAUAAGCGAGGACGAGCAGGAGAAUUGCGAGCUUCGUUCCUACGUGAUGAAAAAAGGAAGACAAUGAAGUUUCUGUUUCCCACGAGACUGUGCGUGGAAAAAGAACGAGGAAGAGGAACGUGAGAACUUUGGAACACAUACUAAGAGAAGGAAAUCAUGAUGUUGAGGCUUGGAUCUAUACCGAGUAUGCUGGUCUUCCUGACCAUCGCGAAGGUCGUCGCCUCGAAUCGCUGUUUGACGAUGCGCGAAGAGGUGUAUCCGAAGAGGCUGGCCAACGUGGACGGGCAGCCGUUGAACAUUAAUUUCGAGAUGUCCCAGAGAGUCACCCAGAGACUGACCACUAUAAUCAUGAAAAUCUUCCUGACCGAGGUGCUCGGCUAUUCGGGCGUUUAUAUCUUCGAGGUGGAGGACACGUUCGGCGUGAACGAGAUUUUCGACAGGCUGUCCGAGUACACGUUCGGCAACGACGAAAAGCACCCAAUGGUGAACAUGGAGACGUGGAUACCGGCGCAGCUGGACACGAUGCCGCUGUUGAACUCGCACGACGUAAAGGAAUGCGGAUCCAUUGCCCCGCCGGGUCAUUUCGGUUGGUUCGUUCCUGUCUCGCUGUCAAGGUUCAGCGACAAUUGGAUGACCUUCGCCAAGCGUGAAACAGCGGCGCGUUUCGACGUGGACGAGAUGACGUUGGAGAACGUUCGAAAUUUCACCAUGGACCCGGUCACCAGGGCCCACUACUGCCAGGAGUCGUUCUGCCAGGACGGAAUGUACAUUCCGGAGCGGUGCCGAGGGAAACCGUGCGCUCUGUUGUUCGCCGGUUAUAGCAACGUAACCGAUUUCGUCAGGGAUCACAUCGAUAGGAUGAAGCUGUACGUCAAAGUGAUCUGGGUCGGGCCGGAAUUGAAACACGUGACCGAAACUUUGACCGAGAAUUUAACUUUGUUAAAUUCGGCGGCGCCAGCCGGUAAUAGGUCCCUGGUCUUUCUGCAUUGGACACCGAGCAGCGUCGUGCCGAACGAGAGGGAUUUCGUCACCAUCGAGUUCCCCCGCUGCGGCACGCAGAAUUUAGAAAUCGGAUGCAAAUACGAGUCCAACAGGUUGAUCAAGCUGGUCUGGGGCAGAUUCGAGUACGUCGCGAAGCUCGCGUACGAGGCGAUCAAACACGCGAAAUUCACGCGUGAGAUGUACGAAGAUCUGAUAAACCGGUACAACGAUCGAUCGACGAGCGUCGACGAGGAAGAAGUCGCGUGCAGCUGGUUAAGGGACAAUCUGAACUACACCCUCGACGUGUGGAUGCCGAGCAACGCCGACAAGAACAUUCUGUACGUUGGCGGUAUAUUCCCAAUGAGCGAAACUUUCUACUCGGGGAAAUCGAUACUGAUCGCAGCCAAAAUGGCGAAAGAGUCGAUCAACAAGAACGACACCGUUCUCAAGAACUUCAAUUUGAAAAUGUUGGCCAGCGACGGCCAGUGCAAGUCGGACAUGGUAAUGAGAUCGUUCAUCGAUUACAUAGUGCACAACCAGUACGGUAAGCUGAUCGGCGUGUUGGGGCCGGCUUGCUCGGAAACCGUGGAACCUCUGGUCGGUGUCUCGAAGCAUUACAAGACGGUGAUCAUCAGUUACAGCGCGGAAGGGUCGAGCUUCAACGAUCGUACGAAAUAUCCUUACUUCUUCCGAACGAUCGGCGAGAACAAGCAGUACAAGCACGUUUAUCUGCAACUGCUGCAGAAACUAGGCUGGAAGAGAGUGGCUUCGUUAACGGAGGACGGACAGAAAUACACGGAGUACAUAUCGUACAUGCAGGACAUACUCAGGGACAAUGGGAUUGUAUUCGUGGCGAAUGCAAAGUUUCCACGGGAACGGGAGCCAACUGUGAUGACUAAGUAUUUGCAAGAUCUGAAGCAGAAGAAAGCGAAAAUAAUAAUCGCCGAUGUUUACGAUCAAGUGGCCAGGCAAGUGAUGUGCGAAGCGUACAAAUUAGAAAUGACAGCGGUUCAGGGUUACGUGUGGUUUCUGCCACUUUGGCUCCGACCAGAAUGGUACGACACCGAUCGAUUCAAUCUGAAGGACGAAGAACAAGUGCCAUGUACAACGAUGGAAAUGAGCAGAGCGAUAAACGGCUACCUUGGUCUCUCUCAUGCGUAUUUCGCUCCUGACAAUGAAAUCAUGCAGGAAGGGAUAACGGUGCGUCAGUGGCGCGAUCGUUACGAGAAAGAUUGCCGUAACAGGAACCAACCACCGUCUAAUUACGCCGGUUUCGCUUACGACGCUAUGUGGACGUACGCAUACGCGAUGGAUCGACUACUUCGCGAAAAUCAGAGUUACAUCUAUGACCUUCAUAGCGAGCAAACUGUCAAUCGGAUGACGGACAUCAUCGGUGAAACAGAUUUCUAUGGGGUAUCUGGGAGGAUCAAGUUCUUCGGCGGACCUUCGAGAUACUCUGUCAUUAACAUCGUCCAGUUUGUCAACAAUGAAACUCAUUUGGUCGGCAAUUUUUACCCUAACGUAUCCGAGGUGAAGCACGAAGUCGUGGGUGGUAAAUUGGACUUGAACGUCUCGGCUCUGGUCUGGUUGUCGCAUACCAUGCCGGAUGAUGGCUCGGAACCACCUCAGCGAUGCGUGAUCGCGGGUUUCGCCGACUUCGUGAACGUGUCGUGCGAAGUCGCGUUCGUGAUUGUCAAUUUCCUCGGCUUCGGUUUCUUGGGGAUAGUGGUGAUCAUUGGUUUCAUCGUCAUCAAGAGAAAAUACGAAAGGAAAGUACGUCUUCACGAGAAGUACAUCCAGUCUCUAGGCUUAGACUUCACUCACAUGGACACAUCCGACUUGGACAAGUGGGAGAUACCACGGGACAGGGUGGUUAUCAAUCGAAAAUUGGGCGAGGGCGCGUUCGGAACGGUUUACGGUGGUGAAGCGUUAUUCCCGGGAGAAGGUUGGUUAGCAGUGGCCGUGAAAACUCUGAAAGUUGGCAGCAGCACCAAUGAGAAAUUGGACUUUCUCAGCGAAGUGGAAGUAAUGAAGAGGUUCGAGCACAAGAACAUAAUCAAACUGUUGGGCGUGUGUAUUAAGGGUGAACCAGUGUUAACUGUCAUGGAGUUUAUGCUUUACGGCGAUCUGAAGACGUAUCUUCUCGCUAGAAGACAUCUCGUGAACGACCACAGUUACGAAGAUUCAGACGAGAUCUCCAAUAAAAAGCUAACUGCGAUGACACUGGAUGUCGCCAGGGCGCUCAGUUAUCUGGCUCAAUUGAAAUAUGUCCACAGAGACAUUGCCUCUCGCAACUGCCUGGUAAAUGCUCAACGUGUAGUGAAACUUGGUGAUUUUGGCAUGACAAGGCCCAUGUACGAGAACGACUAUUACAAAUUUAAUCGAAGAGGCAUGUUGCCGGUAAGAUGGAUGGCGCCAGAGUCCCUGAGUCUUGGAAUCUUCACUCCAGCCUCGGACGUUUGGUCCUAUGGCGUUCUCCUUUACGAAAUCAUCACAUUCGGUAGUUUUCCCUUUCAGGGGAUGAGCAACAACGAGGUACUCACACAUGUCAAGAACGGGAACUCGCUGAAAGUUCCUAAAGGAGUGAAACUACAACUAGAGAAUUUAAUGUACUCUUGCUGGAGGACGGACCACACAAAGAGGCCAACAGCUCCGGAGAUCGUCGAUUUCCUAGCAACGAAUCCUCGAAUUAUAGCACCGUGUUUAGACGUUCCUUUGGCCAGCGUUCAAAUCGAGCACACUGGCCAACUAGAGAUGCAGUUGAAUGGGAACAUGAGGAAGUUUUCGUUAUCUUGGCCACCUCAAAACCCCACAACACAAUCGUCCACGUCAACAUCAAGCCCUGGGAGUGUGCCAAGUCCUCCUCUGUUGGACAUUAAUGGCCACGACAACAAACCAAACCAGGACUCGUUGUUGGGCAAUGGAAUAUCCGACCUGGACAGUUCCAGGCCUCUCUUGAUGAAUGCCGACGAGUCUUCGUCGGGUCCGGCGUUGGUUUUGCAAAAUUUCAAGCGGAAGGACGAACUGGCGCACAGAUACGUCAACAUUCAGCCAGGAAUGUCAAACGGCUUCGAUUAUUGCAAUAGCCAGAAUGGCGGUAAUAUUCAAAUGGAAGAGAGGAGAGCGAUGCUGCCAGAGAAUAGGAAAUCGGAGGACGUGUCGAUUCUUUGACAUCCAAGGAAGCACGCGAUUACGCGGCAGAAGUCAAUGGUGCAUUUCUAUAGACGUGCCGAAGGCAUAUUUGGAAAAUAUGCGAAAAGGUCGUAUAGAAAGACGAGCGUUUAAAUUGACCCAUGGCCAUUUUGUUGGUCACUGAAAUGAGAGAAUGGCAGAGAAGCUUGUAACUUGAUGAAUUUGAGUCAAGACAGACGUUUGUUGCCGACUGAACCGUACAAUAUGAUUUCAUGAUGGUAAAAGAGUGGAUUGUUACUUCUAGAGUCGGAGAACCGUGUGACUACACAACAGGGCGAUUCGAUUCACUGGAGAUUAAAAUCCUGCCGAUUUAGUUACGACGUAAGAAGUCUAUCAUAGGUGCCAGCUACGAAAAACGGAAAACAAUAAUAAUUGCAACAAGCGAAAACACCGAAUGCACAACUGGCUCAAUCCACGUUUGAGACUGAUAUAUGUAGAAAAAUCAAGUUACGGAAUGAUCGACGCGACAGUGCUGGAGAUUUCUCAAAAACUUCACGAAAGGUAUAGGUAAUUUUACUAAUAUACUAAGGGAACGUAAUACCGAACGGAGUGUUUUAUCGUUGGAGGUAGAAAUUUCCAUUGUUUUCGCGUCGAGAAAGAAAUAAAUGGAAAGAGAAGAGGCUGCUUCCGUUAGAUACUGCUGUAUUUAACGAUAAUCGAAAGAAGAAUGAUUCAGACAAAUGGAUAUAUGUAAUAUCGCUUUUGCGUGAAAAGUGUUUCGUUAAGCAGCAUUUUUCUGUCCAAAGCAUUCGAGAUGUGUAGGACUUGGUAAGAUUUUUUUCGAGACAGACUAUUUUUCCAGGCAAUUGUUUAGAUAUUUUGCGAGGAAGUUGCCGCAUUUUUUAACGAUAAAACCAAACAGAAACAGAGCAAUAUUUUACACGAGGGAAUGUCAGCGUUCACGUGUAUAACCAUGACAUUUAUAAUAAAAUGAAAAAUGUAUGUUUUGUGAGGUUCUCGAAAAGAAUAACACGAAAUUGAAAGAAAGAGGUAAGGAAAGGGGUUCGAUACAUCCCUGCCAUUUCCAAGUAUAUAUAUUUUUCGACCCGUCUUUUAUGUAUCAUAUAAUACAUUUAUCGACUUGAGGAGAAAAAAGUGACUGCAGUCUAGUUAUUCGUUAACUAUCGAAUAACGCUCGAUCCUCGCUAGGACUAUAAUGGAAGCAAACGGAAUAGUUACUAUUAUUAUAUCUAGUGAGACUAUUUAUUGAUUUAAACUUUGAUUGAGACUUCAUUUUUUGUAAAAUAUAUUUAAUAUUAAAUUCCUCUAACCGCGUGCUUCUUUGAUCUUGUUGAAGCAAUUCACUUUUUUUUUUCUUUUUAUUUAUAAGAUAGAGACGUAGCUCGAGCCGACAGAAAUUUCCUGUUACUUAGGUGCAAUAAAAUGUUGCGUCUUGUACAAACUGUUAGAAAUAUGUAAUGAUAUAAAUAUUGAGACGAUCGAUUGUACAGUCGAUGAAAUGAAAGAUAAAAGACUUGAAGUCUUCAAGACUUAUUGGUCAUCCAAAUAUAUACAGACGUAUACAGGCUGCCUGAAUUUUGAUGAAGCGCGACCAAAAAUGAUAUUAUUUUUCGUUCCAUUUUACAUUUUAUAGAAUAUUUUAUCAACGAAAUGUUAUAUAUUUAUUUUCGUAUUUAUUAUAAAUUUAUAUGCUGUCACUAUGUUGCUCAUUCUUCGAUUCUAAGGAUCAUAUUAGACGUUGCAAUUUUUUUUUUUUCUUGACGAGGCAUUUUUUUCGUUCUCGAGAAAACGAGAACUUAUCCAAAGAAUAUGUUCCUAACGUUUAAUCGAUUAAAAUCCAGACAUCCUGCGAUACGUACGUAAAUAUUAAAUUAUCAUCGUUACCAAGUUGAUCUCUAUUACGCGAGAUGACUGAAGAAAACGACACACAAAGUAUUUCUAAUUUUUUCAUUCUAAUUCCAAUUCUUAGCUGCAUUGCAUUCGUCCCGAUCGAGUAUCAUACGUUUAUUGUACUAUGCACGAACUUUUUGAUUAUUCGUUCGUACAUUCAACUUUUUAUCCAUAUCAAAAAAAUAUCGUCGAUAAAUAAAAAAGGAAAAUAAAAGAAAAAUGAAAAAAAGAAAAAAAAAAGAAUCAACUAUAUUGCAUGUUACAUCACGUCAAACACGCUUAUUUUAGUACUUAUAGUGGUAAUAAAUUCCUUCUCUAUUUUUUCUCCUUUUUUUAUAUCGGGUAUGUAGAUUAGAUAUAUUAUAAUCGAUCGUUCGUUAUCGAGAACGUUGCGGGGCUUUUUGUUCUAUGUCGUAUGUAAACUAUAAAAUAGAAAGUGCAAACUUUUUAGUCCGUACAUACACACGAUGUAAGUACAUCGGGUUUGGACAGUACAAUCCUUCCUAAAUAGCUUUAUACGAGAGAAACCGUUUAUUAAAAUGAAAUCAUCGUACGAUGUUAUUUAUUUUCGAAUUGUACAAUUGUAAUUUUAUAUUCGUUGCGAGAGAAAUUAAUGAUAUUGAUGCGUACUUUUCUGUACUGUUAUUCCUUGAGAAAAUGUUUAUUUAUUCAUUCUCGAAUUAAAUUGCACGGAAAUCGAUUUUACAAUUUGUGCUUUUCUUAAUCCAUAUACAGUAAUCCUGAAUGUGUUAAAACUAUUCAUUAAAUCUCUGAGCUAUUUCCCA